UGUUCCCAGGCCAAACCUCGGCUCACUGUUCCACCAAGGCGUGGGUGAUGGGGCAGGGCUGGCAGGUGUCUCUAAGCUCCCAGGACCCAGCCCACAACUGCUGAGGAAGCCACGCAGCCAGCUGUGUACAAGUGGAGCGUCUGUGUCUACUUGAAAGUGCCUGUCUGCCUGUGGUCCUUGCCUGUGUGUGCACCUCUGUCCCCGCCUCCUGGCUGCCCGAGCCCUGGAGCUGAGGAGGGAAGCUGAGCAAGUCGAGGCCCACGCCGCUGCCUCUGCUCCAGCCAGGAUGUGGCUCUUCCACGCUCUGCUCUGCAUGACCAGCCUGGCUCCCCUGGCCGCCUUCAACGUGGACGUGGUCCGGACCUGGGUGACUCCCAAGGGAGACGUCCCCUACGUGCUCAGCUCACUUCUGCAUCAGGACUCCAGCACCAACCAGACCUGGCUCCUGGUCACCAGCCCCAGAACCAGCAGGACGGCAGGGCCCCUGUAUCAGUGUUCCCUCAUUCAGGAUGAGCUCCACUGCCAGCCAGUAGAGAAUGUCCCCAUCCCAAAGAGGAGGUACCGUGGAGUGACAGUUGUCCGGAACCACCAUGGUGUUUUGAUCUGCAUUCAAGUGCCGACCCGGUGGCCCCAGAGCCUCAGCUCAGAGCUCACAGGCAACUGCAUCCUGCUGGCCCCUGACCUCCGUCCCCGUGCCCAGGUCUACUUCUCCGACCUUGAAAAAUUACUGGACCCUGAUGCCCCUGUGGAUGCUGGAGACUGCUCCAGGAACAAAAAAGGCAGCAUGGAGAACACAGCCAGGCAGCGCCGGGAUUUGAAGGUGGAGGAGGAGGAGGAGACAGAGGAUGAGGACGAGGAGGCAGCUGGUACCGAGAUCGCCAUCAUCCUGGAUGGCUCAGGAAGCAUUGAUCCCCCAGACUUCCAGAGAGCCAAAGACUUCAUCUCCAACAUGAUGAAGAACAUCUAUGAGAAGUGCUUUGAGUGCAGCUUUGCCCUGGUGCAAUAUGGGGAAGUCAUCCAGACAGAGCUUGACCUUCAGGACAGCCAAGACGUUACAGCCUCCCUCGCCAGAGUCCAGAACAUCACUCAAGUGGGGAGUGUCACCAAGACUGCCUCUGCCAUGCAGCACGUCCUAGACAACAUCUUCACACCAAGCCAUGGCUCCAGAGAAAAGGCAUCCAAGGUCAUGGUGGUGCUCACUGAUGGGGACAUAUUCGGGGACCCCCUCAGCCUCACGACUGUCAUCGACUCCACAAAGAUGCAGGGUGUUGAGCGCUUUGCCAUUGGGGUGGGAGAUGCAUUUAAUAAAACCAGGGCGUACAACGAGCUGAAGCUGAUCGCCUCGGACCCCGAUGAGGACCAUGCCUUCAAGGUGACCAACUACUCAGCGCUGGAUGGGCUGCUGAGCAAACUGCAGCAGAGCAUCAUUAGCGUGGAAGGCACGGUCGGAGAUGCCCUCCACUACCAGCUGGCACAGGUCGGGUUCAGCGCCCAGAUCCUGGACGAGGGGCAGGUGCUGCUCGGUGCUGUAGGGGCCUUCGACUGGUCGGGGGGCACGCUGUUCUACAACAUGAGCAGCCGCAAGGGCCGCUUCCUGAACCAGACGGCAGUGGAUGCCAAGGCUGUGCAGUACAGCUACCUGGGUUACUCGGUGGCUGUGCUGCGCGAGGCCUGUGGCCUCUCCUAUGUGGCAGGGGCUCCACGGCACAAGCAGCGAGGGGCUGUGUUUGAGCUCCGGAAGGAGGGCAAAGAGACCAACUUUGUACCAGUGCUGGAGGGCGAGCAGAUGGGGUCCUAUUUUGGCUCUGAGCUGUGCCCUGUGGACGUCGACAUGGAUGGGACCACAGAUUUGUUGCUGGUGGCCGCCCCGUUUUACCACGUUCAAGGCGAGGAGGGCAGAGUCUAUGUGUACCGUGUGAACAAGCAGGAUGGUUCCUUCUCCUUGGUACGCACGCUGAGUGGGCACCCCAGGUUAACUUAUGCGCGAUUUGGCUUUGCCAUGGCGACAGUGGGGGAUAUCAGUCAGGAUGAGCUCAUAGAUGUGGCCAUCGGGGCCCCCCUGGAAGACUUUGGGGCAGAUGGUGGUGUAGGCUUCGGCAGCGUGUACAUCUACAAUGGACACUCUACCAACCAGCUGGCUGACCUCUCUACCUACCAGCCACAGAGGAUCAGAGCCUCAGUGGUGGCCCCAGGACUCCGGUACUUCGGCACAUCGGUGGCAGGUGGCUUAGAUUUCAGUGGCGACGGCCUUGCUGACAUCACUGUGGGCGCUCUGGGCCAGGCGGCUGUGCUCCGCUCAAGACCUGUGGUUCGUCUGAAGCUGUCCAUGACCUUCACCCCCAAGGCACUGCCCAUUGGCUUCCACAGCAGCGUGAUUGUGAAUUUGUGUUUUGAAGUCAGCUAUGUGUCGCCAGCUGCUGAGUCAGGCCUCAAAGAGACCUCUCUGAACUUCACUUUGGACGUGGAUGUGGUGAAGCAGAGGAAAAGGCUGCAGUGUUCAGAUGAGAGGCUGUGUCAGAGCUCCCUUAGGGAGUGGGGCACGGGCCCCCGUCUCUGUGAGCCCUUCCUGCUGGUUCCCACAGAGGGACAGCUCUGUCAGGAGGACUGCUUCUCCAACAUCAGUGUCAAGGUCAGCUACCAACUCCAGACCCCCGAGGGCCGGAGGGACCAUCCCCAGCCUAUCCUGGACUUCUAUGCUGAGCCCUCUGCCAUCUUCCAGCUGCCCUACGAGAAGGCCUGCAAGAAUAAGCUGUUUUGUGUCGCUGAGCUACAGUUGGCCACCACCCUCUCUCAGCAGGAAUUGGUGGUGGGUCUCACAAAGGAGCUGAGCAUGAACAUUAGCCUAACUAACUCUGGGGAAGAUUCCUACAUGACAAGCAUGGCUUUGAAUUACCCCAGAAACUUGCAGUUUAAGAGGAUGCAGAAGCCUCCUUCUCCAAACAUUCAGUGCGAUGACCCUAAACCAACUGCUUCUGUCCUGGUCAUGAACUGCAAGAUCGGUCACCCCAUACUCAAGAGGUCAUCUGCAAACUUUUCAUUAGUUUGGCAGCUGGAGGAGAGUGCCUUUCCAAACAGGACAGCUGACAUCGCUGUGACAAUCACCAAUUCCAAUGAAAGAAGGUCUUUGGUCAGUAAGACCCACAGCCUUCAUUUCAAACAUGGCUUCAUUGCAGUUCUUCCCAAACCAUCUGUGACAUACAUGAACACAAGCCAGGGGCUUUCCCACCACAAAGAGUUCCUCUUCAAUAUACAUGGGGAGAACCUCUUUGGAGCCGAGUUCCAGCUGCAAAUUUGUGUUCCAGUUAAAUUACAAGGUUUCCAGGUCAUAAGAGUGAAGAACCUGACCAAGACUCAGGCUCACACUGUGUGCACCCAGAGUCCGGAGCGCGUUUGUGGGAGCGAUCUGGUUCAGUUACGAAGAGAUGUGACUGAGCUGCAGAUCCUUGGUGAAAUAUCUUUCAACAAAUCUCUAUAUGAGGGGCUCAAUGCAGAGAACCAUAGAACUAAGAUCACUGUCAUCUUCCUGAAAGAUGAGGAGGCGUAUUCUCUGUCUCUCAUUAUUAAAAGCAGUGUUGGUGGCCUUCUGGUUUUGAUCGUGAUUAUAGUCAUCCUAGUCAAGUGUGGCUUUUUUAAAAGAAAAUACCAACACCUGAACUUGGAGAGAAUAAGGAAGACCCAGCUGAAAUCAGAGAACCUACUGGAAGAAGAAAAUUAGACCAGCUUCCUCAUCCAUUGGGAGAGAGUACCAGCCAGUCCUGGAGACUUCUAGAGACUUGGUGUCCUGUGGAUUACUUUUCCUUUAGGAUGAUCGAGAGCAGAAUCUAGCACAUUGUUUUGUGGAAUGUUGUUUUUUAACCAUACAUUGUCCCCAAAGUGUCUGUGCAUUGUGCAAAAAUGAAACUUGGGAGACACUUGGUAUUAAAUAAAACUGUUUUCUUUACAAAUGUGCCUUUAA